AUGGCCGCUGAUGGAAAAGCCCCUGUAAGUAUAUAAUGUCACUGUUAAUGGAGAACAAGUGAUACUAUCCAUUUUGGGAAAACAAUUACUUGCAGAAUACGUCGAGGGGUAUAAGGCCUUAUGGCCCGUUGAUUCACCUGGAACACAUUCAAAAAAAUAUGUCUCGUCAGAAAGAGGGGAAAGGGCAACACAGAUUUGCAUAAAAGUUGCACACCCAAAGUUUUAUGUAUAUGUGCAGAUUUAUAACUAAUUGAAAUAGAAAUAUAAUGCAUCUCAUCAUCACAUGAAAGACUGACCAAAUGACUUGUUCUCAUGAGCAGCCUGCUAUUAAUGGGCAAUGUUAAGGCUCUUGCCCUCAUAUUGUAAGGUUCUCUAUCUCAAACUCUACUUGGACCUUCAAAUAGAGGAUUCUCCAAGGACAGUUCUUCAGAUAGAAGACUGUCCUCUGUAAAGUAAGACACAUGAACAUCCUAACAAUAUGAAAUCUGCCCCCACAACAAGGUGUUGUGUCAGGUACAUAAAACAUAUAUCCAGAAGAAGGAAUGUUUCAUAUGUGAUGCCUCGUGUUUCCUCUUGUAAAAGCCCUGCCUGCAUCUCAGAAAUCCAGCACCUCAGGAAGAAUCCUGGGCUGGAACCUUUCUCCUCAAGAUGCUACUUUUCUGUGUACAAGGAACCUGUGUAAAAAUCAAAACAUGUGAUAUUUCACUUCUAUCUACUAUAUAGAUCAGUUCUUUAUUUGUAAUCUUGUAACAAAAAGUAGCUUGCUGAUUUCUCUGCAACAGUUUCUUGGGUCAAUUUUUGUUGGUGAAGAACUUAUUGAGACUUCUUCACAUAGGUGAGGAUUGGAGAUCUGAAAUUUACAGGCACAACACAAUGUUGGUCAUACUUUUAAGGGGACUGAAUAUUUAUUCCGUUAUGGUUAUGAACAAAUGUCAUGCUGCAACUUAAACAAUGUUUAAAUCAAAUAUUCCAGUAGGGACAAUACAUGUUUGGAGCUUAAUUCCUGGUUUGUACUUUCUCAAUUCUAUAAUGGAAUUGAAUGAGUGUUUGUUUGUUUGUUUGUUUGUUUGUUUGCGUGUGUAUAUCUCCCCUCUUUUCCCAAAGUUUAUUUAAUGAAACAAAUGGAACAUGCAGCACAAUGUUGCAAUGUGGAGUUACACUAUUCACUAUUCUCUUUUUUUGUCACAUAACAAGCACUAAUCAUUCCUUUACUGAGUGUGCUCAGUCUUCACUAAGCUGUUUGUGGGAGGUUUCAACCCUCAGUAUUUUUCUAAGGUUUUUUUGAUGCUUCUGCAAACCCUGGGAUUCCUUCCAAGCCUUGUGCAUGGGUGAAGCCAUUUGGACUGCAUGCACAGCAAGAACAUUGGAAAUAGGAAAAAAAAAGUGCUAUGCUAGCUUAUCCCAGUGCUAACCACUAGUGCAUUUGUACAGGGCGGCUACUAGUUUGUUUUGAAAUUGGAAAAAAGAACCAUUUCCUGCCAUGAUGUUGCAAAAUUAAACCCUGUGGAUGAGUUAAACCUAUGAUGAAACUGUAGGAUGUUUACUCACCACCAGCAUGAUAAUGAUGUAGCAUUGUCAUUUCAGCAUAGAUUUUGUGACAUCACAUUUCCCCCCGUCACACAAACCUGCAGUCCUAAACUCACUUAUUCACUGAACUCAAUAGUGAUGAAUAAGAUUGUACAGCUAGGUCCACAACUCGGUCAAGCCUGAAGGAUUCUGAUUUAAGUUGAUUAUAGAGCUGGUUCUAACUACCCAUAUUUUCCCAUCUUGAUUAGAGACCUUGAUUCUGCUUCUAUCGAUGUCUGAAAUACAGGUGUGUGAGGAGGGGGUCUGCUUUGGGCAGGGCCUUUUCCAUAGUGGCACCAAAAUCCUUGAAUUCCCUUCUGGGAAAGUUCAUUCAAUCUCUUUCAUUCUGGCUGUUUGGUACAAGUUCAGAUAACUUAUAGGGCUUUUCUAUGGGUCUAAAUUUUCUUGGUUUUUGUUAUGUUUGCUCUUGUUGGAUUUUUAACUUGGUUGUCAGUUCAUUGGUUGAUUCACUUGGGAAGGGCAGUAGUUCAGUGACAGGGUAACUGCAUUACGUGCAGAAGGUUCCAUUUCUAUUGUUUUCUGUUAACCUAACAUAAGUAAGAGGUUGAGUACCAAGACCCUGAGAUGAUGAUAUCCAGGUCAGCUGGUCCGACCUUUUAAAAUAAGUAGCUAGGCCAGACCUUACUGGAACCUCUGUAUCCUACCCCUGAACAAUCCUCAGGAUGUGGCUGGGUGCAGUUUGGAUAGGUCCUGAGCUAGUCACAAGACAACAUGUGCCAAAGUUACUUAUGUGAACCGGACAUUAGGGUGAACAUGUUUAUUGUGAGGUGAGGCAUCACUUCAGUGGAACCUGAAGAGCAGCAGAGAACUACUGGUUCUGAGGGGCAGAAGAAAUUAACAGGCUUCAGCCCCUAUUUUGCCUGACCAAUACCUUCCUCAUUUUUGCCUUGGAUGUUUUAUUUUGCCCCUUCUUUUCACGAGGGCUGUAUAGGGGUCCCAAAGCUUUGCAGACACGGCCUUCUGAAAUAUGAAGGCAGGAAUACAGGUAAACAUGUGUCACACAUCAGAUGCCAGGUUUCCUGUGUGAAACAGCCGUCGCUGGUCAAGUUCUCCUUUCAUAGCCGCUGUUUCCAUGAGAGGCAAUUCUUAAUGUUCAACUGUGAGUCAUCCAGGCACUAAGUCACUGGCUGGUAUGUGUGUAUAUGUGACUCGAGCCUUAAAUCUCCUUGAAUUCAGCAGGAUUAAAUUGGCUAAGUUGUGAACUGAACUAGCGUACCCUCCUUUGAUCCUCUGGCUCUUUGCAAACUUGUUCUAUUGUGGCGACCGCAGUGUGCGGUGAGGAUAGCGAUUGUUGUACCGAUGUUCAGUGUGCCCUUUGAGUGCUGGAGAGCUUGUCUAGCAGCUGAUACAGGGCACUGAAGCUUCAGCUGAAGAUUUUUGUUUCUGGUUUGAGCUACCCCUACACAGCAUAGCUGUCUGCGGGUGUGAAACAGGAAGCUUUAGUUGCAGAGGCACAAAAGUGCUGUACUUGCUCUCAUGGAGCUUCACAAUUAAUCAAUUUUAAUUACAGUAUUUUAUGCUUCAACUACUUGCUUCCCCAUUAGCUCUCUGUGUGUGUUUGUUUGAAAGAUUCCAUUCUGUGCUGGGACUGUCUGCUACCACCUCCUCCUCCUCUUCUUCUUCUUCCUCCUCCUCCUCCUCCAGAGUCCCCCUCCCUUUUUGAAAAAUAUUGCAACACCAUCUGAAAUUUCCUCUUUUCUUUCCUUCCUGCAUUUCUUGCAGGUUCCUUUGCGUCAGAAGACAAGGAAGAAAAAUCAAGGUAACGAGGUCUUCCUUUUGUUCCUGCUUUUGUUUAGUGUUAAAAUUUUGCUCACGCGAGGAGGACGGUUUUUGUUGUAUUGUUUGUUUGGUGUUGAGCACGCUGUUAUUCUGCUUAGUUUUUACAUUGAUUCAGUGGGGAAGAUAAUGACACACUCUUCAUUUGGACUAAGCUGUUUCGGUAUGUCAAAGCUCUGUGUGUGUGUGAGAAAGAGAACUGUUCUGCUUAAUUCAUUGCUAGUCUAUACUGACUGUCAUGAAAAUAUAAUUUUCUAACGUAUCAGUUUGGAAGGGUAUUUUAACCGUUGUAUAUAUUUAUGAUCACACACGCACACAUGGAAAACAUCCAGUAAUGGAUUUAAAUCUGCAUUCUGUUUCACUGGCACAAUGUUCUCUAUCGUUAUGGAUUCCUAAAGCUUCAUUUUGACUAAUUUAUCUUUGCUAAUUGUCCAUUCAGAAAUAAUUCUGGGUUGUAUUUCAAAAGAAAAUGCUGGCAUCCCCUGCAUGCAUGUUUAAAGGUGGCACUUUGUUUUUUCGCACAGGAAUUUGUACAAUGAGCCGUCGAAGGAUAUCAUGCAAGGACUUGGGGCUUGCUGAUUGCCAGGGAUGGCUAUACAAGAAGAAAGAGAAAGGGGGCUUUAUUGGCAACAAAUGGAAAAAGUUCUGGUGUGUCCUGAAGUGUUCGUCAUUAUACUGGUACAGCAAUCAAGUGGUAAGCAUGCUAACCUCUUAGUUUCUCCAGGUAAAUUAAGGGAAGAUUCAGCAUUCCUAAGCCGUUUUAUCAUGUGUAAUUCAAGAAUCUGUAAGUUUAGUGUGUUUAGACAAUCACAGGAAGGGAAUAAGUUAUUUUAAUUUUCACUUCAUUGUUUGGAACAAAGCCCUCCUGUUUUGAAACAUGUUAGCUGGACAGAGUGUUUGUGGAUAAACAGGUUGCUUGAGAGAAGUUUGGGGCCCAUAGUAAGAUAAGUGGGCACUUUCCUUUGCUUUUUACCUAGAUGCCAGUUAAUUUCCCCAUACUCCAAGCUUCCUCCAUGUUUCUGAUUCAACAGGAGGAACCUUUGAGCAAGAAGGAUUCUAGUGCAGCUUUGUAGGAGCCAUUGUGUAACUGCCCUUGCAAUUUCUAGCUAAUGUUGCUAGCUAUUCUGGACUUCUGGAACAGGUGUAGAUUUUAGGCAGUUGCUCCAAGAUGGCCUCUGUCAAAGGUUAGAGUCCAAGCUUCUCUCUAGUGUUCUGGGGGGUGCAGUGUGGUGAGUGGGAGAGAGAGUUGUGGGUGAUAAAGCAACAAGGACAACCCAGUUGGAGCACACAUGGGUAAUGCAGAAUGAGUUCAAAUGAACAACAAGGUUCCACAUGUUGAUUGGCAGUGUGGAAGAACUCCACUUACCUGUGAGUAAGCCCUGUUGAUUUCUUGUGGAUUUGCUUUGGAGUGGACAUGGUUAUAAUUUCAGCCUUGCUGCUCUGUUCCUAUUGCAUCUGUGCUGUACCAUCUAGCAGAACAUUACUGACUGGCAUAGGGCACCAUCCUAUGCAUGCUCACUCACUAAGUCCUACUGAGUUUACUUCUAGCUUCAUGGGUGUAGUAUUGCAGCCCAAAGGGCCCUAGAUCAGCAGGACGGACCACCAGGUCACAACCAUUGUGACCUGUUUGCAUAGAACUUUGUAGAUAAAAUCGCUCUGACUUGAACACUUCAUUGGUUAUUAAAUCUAUAUCAGGAGUGUCCUUGGCUUCCGUUCUUCAAGGUUGCUUGGAUAAGCUUCAGUUGUUGUUAGUAUGUGGAGUCGUGGGAGCUCUCUACCUACUACAUAUGUAUGUUUGAUCCUUACUAUUUGUACUUAAUAACAUGUAGCCAAAGGAGACGGGUCAGAUUAGUCCACGAUGUGCUAUUUUAUUGAAAGAGGGCAUUAUUCCUGUCCCUCAAAAGAAGCUAUAAGAAGGUUUUAUUAGACUGGCCUCCAUUUUGGGUGGGAAGUGUGGCUGAACUUGUAGUAUAGUGGAACAGCUCCAGUUGCUCUUGGAUGAAACAGGGUGUGGAGAUCAGUUUCAGUCUGUGGAUUUUAAUCUCAUUGGGGGACUGUAAUAGGUUUAGUGGACUUUGAUGGGACAGAGGGGGACUGUGAUCAUUUUGAUUCCUCUGGACCAACUAGUAGCUUCUGAUUCUUUUUUUAAAAAAGUAUCUUUUUGGACUUCAAUUAGGAGUUGGGAAUGGCUCUACUCCUGUCUCAUAAUAAGGUACCAAAAGAUGGACCUAGGGCAAUGCUGCCCUACCCAAAAGGAAUUGCCUGUUUCUUGGUAGGAUACAACAAAAUGUGAUUUAACCUCCUGGUGGCUGAUGGUCUUUUAUUUUACUGUGGUCUUAGUUGUUUUUAAUUGCUGUUUCCAGUUGUUUAAGUUUUUGUUAUAAACUGUCCUGGAAGUCCUACUGAUAGGCAGGACAGAAGCGGGUUAAAUAAAUUAACUAAACAAAUCAAAUCACAAACUCAAGUUCAAUCUAGAUAAGACUGGGGAAAUCAAUGGAAGGUCCAGUUGGCAUUGGAGAAUGUGAGUUGCUUGUAAUGGUUGGGGGUCACGUCACGCCCUCCCUUAAGGACAGAGUGCACAGUUUGAAUGAGCUCAUCACCCCAACAUUGCUCUUGGCAGCUUCUGCAUCUAAGAGUAUCCAACAGGCUCAGCAUCCCCUCCAGUUCCAAAUUAGAAAGGAAAGUUUGGACUGAUGUUUUUGGCAGUGGGCAACUGAGAUACUCAUACAAUGGCUGCCCACCCUCCAGGCGAGCCUGUUGUUCCCUCCAGUUCUGGAGGAAACAAUUGGGACUUACUGUAUUGACAACAGAUGUGCAAGGCACCAUGAAUGCCUCAGAUGCACACUCCUAAAGCUCCAGUCUCCUCUCCCAUCUUCAGAUGUUUGGAGCUGGAGAUCAGAUUGCCCUUGAUCUCCCACAGAGGUUCAGCAAGAAGUAGGUUGGGGUCUAAGGCUUCAAACCUUCCUAGGAGUAAGUCCCUUUGUACACAGUGGAACUUUCUUCCAAGUGAAAAGCUUAGGUUUUGCAGUGAAGAGGAUCCUGGCAGCCACAUCUGUGGGCUCCAGAUUUUCUCAGAUCAACAAAUGGAGCCAUGCUAUUUACUUAUUUAUAAAAAUGUAUAAUAUCAUAAAAUAUGAUAGAAGUUUAACAUAAUAAAAAUCUCUAAGUGAUUUAUGUAAAAACCAUACACACAAUAGCAUUUCCUUUAAAAAGCUAAAAACAGAACAAAACUGUGCAGUGUACAAAAUACAGAAUUGACGGUUAAUUUUUCAAUCUCUAUUUUGUCCAGGAAAGCAUAUAAGUUUUUAAGAGGCUGCUGUCUCUGCCUCCUGAAUUUCCCAAGGGAAGGCAUUCCAAUGAGUGGGUACCAUUACCGAGGGCCUACUGCUGCAUUAACACCGGGGGAUGAACACCUCCCCACAUAUCACCUGUCCACAAGAUACGCUUCUUAUAAAAUGAUAAGUAAAAAAGUGUGUAUCUGAGAAAAAGAAAACCCUGUAAACCGAGACAUGUGACACUUAAGGAAUAAGCCACGUACAAAGAAUCCCCUUGUCUCCCACCUUAUAAUUACACUGUGGAAAAGAGUGAAUUUCUUCCUUCAGCUAGCUGACCUCAAGCCCUCUAAAGCUAGUACAAAGCAAAGACUUGGAACAUAAACAACAUUCUGAGCCCAUGAAUAUCCCUUGUGUACAAGAGGCAUAUAUUUACAAAGUGUGACUAGGCAAAUGUUUUGCUGCACACUGCCCGAGGACCCCAGAAUUUGACUCAGCCCAGAGCAUCCUUGCAUCAAGGAAGAGAUUUCCCAUACCCCACUUUGGAGCUCUGAUUUGGGCUUCCCUUCCAGAAUAGAUGUUGGGACUGUCAUUUUGCUGACAAAAAAAGUUUCUUUUGUGUGGAGCCCUGCAGGCUGGAGUUUGGUCCUGCAGGGAGCUGAAAGGGGAUGGGAGCCAUUGUUGUGCAUGGUGUGUGUGUGUGUGUGUGUGUGUGUGUGCUUAUUUCUUUUGAGCCACUAUCACUUUCUGAUCAAACAAGUUUUUCAGGGUGGUUAAUGGCUGGCAAACCUCCAAAACCUCUUUCACUAGUGGACUAAGGAAAUGAGAAGAUAUAACAUGGACAUUGAUAGUCCUUUCAUAUUAGCCAAAUGUAACGACCUCUGUGUUCAUAAAUAGCAUGGAUACAGAACAUGUGGCUUUCCAGAUGUUUUUAACUGCAACUCCCAUCAUCCCUGCCUAUUGGCCAUGCUGGCUGGGACUCAUGGAACUGGAGUCUAACAACAUCUGGAAGGCACCUGGUUCCACACUGCUGAGUUAUGGUGUGCAGCCAAGUAUCAGAAGCUGGGGGUGGGCAGUGGAAGGUUAUCACUUUUUAAGCCUUGCUUUUCAGUAAACUCUCACUCCAGCAGGCCACUUGUCUUCAGCCCUCUUGAAACGACUGUUUUCAUCCUUGGUUUAAAAGUUCAAAAGCUUCCUCUGCAGACAGAGGUUCCUUAGCGUCACUCAACAUCUGCUGUUUUCUGUGCUUUUAGGGAAGUCGAGGUUACCGUUUUGUGAGGGUCCUGGGGAAAACCCCUUUCCCCUUCACCUACAGAUGGCGCAGCUCAGAUUCUAAGCAGACAUUUUAGUUUUCGGAGGCAAAGCAUUCACGCAUCUGUGCGUGGGCAGAAACUCUGCUCAAAUAAACGGUGGUCAUCUUGCUUGCCUGGAAUACUUGUACUUCUUUGCAAUGGGUUGUAUAUUUAUGAAGUGUGAAUUCUGUUUCAGCCAAAAAAACUUGAGCUGCCCUGAUGCAAGGAACCGUAACAUAGCAACAACAGGCUGGUGCAGUGUGUCUCGUAGUCCAUCAGUGAGCUUUGAGAGAAUAUAAGGAUGUUAGCGUUUGAAAUGAAUUCUGCCUAUAUUUGGACCCCUCAAACAAUUACCCAAACACAUGGGGGCUACUUCUUCAUUGGCAUGUUGAUCAAAAACGAUGGGUGUGGGACAGGCAGGGAGAAAACUAGGGAGGACUGGUUUAUUUAUUUUUUUAACCCAAAUCUGUUUAAAUAAAACAUGAAGAAGGGGUGCUAAUGCAAGGGUGGGAAACUACAGACCUGGAGGCCAGAUGCAGGACUACAGAGUUGUCUCCUUAGCUUUUGGGACUCUCUUCAGAAUAUGCCCCUUCAGAAGCCUGACUGUCCCUUAUCUGUGCACAGUGCCUUUGCCUGACUGGAAUGUGUCCUUGAACUGAGAUCCUGCUUCUUGCUUACCUGGUUUGUUUGCCUAAAACCACUAACCUGUUGCCCCACCUUCCCUUUGCUUUCAGCUAGUACCUGCCCCUGGAAGGCGCACAUGAUGAAAUGUGCCCAUUAGGCUGUAAAAGGUUCCCCACUCCUGAAAUAACCGAUUUGCCUUGGUAGGAGGCGCUUCUGCCUGCACAAGUCAGAGCACCCCAUUUUCCCACCCACUGCAGUCCUCUAUGCCACAUCCCAUCAUGUUCUGGAAGACCCACCAGACCUCAGGAGCAUCUUUUCACGGGGAAGGGGGAAAAUCAGUGAAAUGUUGGAUGCCUGGAGUUGCGUGAUCAAAAGCACUUUCCACUAAUGCAAUUGGAUGUAGCCUGGAGAGACCUAAUUAAAUGAAGUUUCGCAUUUUGAAAUUUAUACUUCUGAGCACACCUGGCUGGAAUGUUCUCUUGAAAUCUCAUAAUGCCUUUUGCUUGUUUGGAUGGAGGAGAGAAUGUGAAGAAACCACUCUACCCGAGAUGAGUCCAUUGGGUUUUUUGCAGCUGUUCAGAAUCCAGAGUGUGGUUGCUAAUGAGAAAAAAAUUACUGCAGUCCAAUGCAAAUGGAUGACUUGGUUGGUAAACAUCUGAGCAUGGGACUGCAGCAAAAGCCCUGAAUUUUUGUUCCACCAUGCACUACUGCCACCUGCUUCUCCACAUAUAUGCCCAAGAAAGGUAGAAAUUGCUCUUCUUAUCUACUGUGUUUUACAAUUUAGAUCUCAAAUUAUUAGAAAUUAUUUCUGUAAUCUGAAAAGCUUUCUGAUAUCCAGUUAAUAUCUAAUGUCUAAUUUCAAUAAAUUAUGUAGCAUACUUUAAUAUUGCCGGCUUAUUUUGUCACAGGCAGAGAAAGCUGAAGGGUUCCUCAGCCUUCCAGAAUUCACAGUGAAUCAAGCGACAGAAUGCAAGAAAAAGUAGUAAGUCUUUCAUUCGACUUGGAGCCUUGAGAAAGUGAAAUUUUACAAGCUGAAAUGUGAAUACAAGAAGAUCCCUGCUGGAUCAUACCUAGUUCUGCUUUUUAUGGAUAUUUAUGUAAAUAGAACUGUCCGUCAGGACAUAAACUCAACAGGCCUCCAAUCAUUGUUGUCCUUACAGCAUUGCCAAUAUUUCAAACUGAUAGACUCCAUUGAGAUGAAUGUGGGUGGAAUUUAUGGGAGCUUAAUAUGGUACUGGAAAUCCUUGGGCUGGAAUUCAAUGCCACGUUCUUCCAGUUGUUCCAUCUGCAAGCAUUGCCACUUGCUAGAUGGAACGAUCCCUUCCUCCUCCCCCUGUGCAUUGCUCGGGAUGGGAGGUUGUCUCCUGAUCCCCCAAAAACAAUUUUAGGGGGUACAUGGGAGGGAGGAGGAGGAAAUACCUGUUGAGCAAGGGUUUCCGCUGCUUAGGUUAAUCCUGCCUGUGAAAAUGUAAGUAUGAUCUUGCUUGGUUUUCCUUCCAAGGGAGGGUAGCACUUAGUACUGAGAUAUCGCAGCCUUAAAAAUGACUUCGCUACUGUCUCAUUGGUCUGAAAUCUUAUGUGAAGGGCAGCCAACUUUCCUUAGUUAGCGUAUUUUUCGCUCCAUAAGGUGCACCGGACCAUAAGGCGCACCUAGUUUUUAGGGGGGGAAAUCAAGAAAAAAAUCUUAUUCCACCCCCCAAGAGCAAAGAAGACAAGACAACAAGUGGGAUGGAUCUCGCUCGCUGUCUUGGCUUCGUUUUUAGCCGCGGGGCUUGGGCGGGAGAAGCCCGAUCUCCCCCUGACCCCAGCCUCCAGAACAGGUCCAGGCAAGGUUGUAAUGGAGUUAGGAUUUCAGGCUAAGUGGUUUUUUAAAUAUUUUGGGAUCAUAAAGUCUUUGGUAAACUGACCCACAUACUCACUUUUUAAAUCUAGUGUUUCCCAUAUAUAUGAAUAUAUGUUUUUGUUUUUGUUUUGGAAGCGCUAUGAAGAUCAUCCAUCCACAGAUCAAGACAUUUUAUUUUGCAGCAGAAAAUGCGGAGGAAAUGAACAUGUAAGUAAAAUCAAAAGUUUUGCUUCCUUUUUUCUUAUGACAAAAAAGAACCAUCUCUUUGUUGUUUCCUUAGUUGUUAUGGGAGAUGGUAGCCUCUGUCUCUUGAGUGUUCAUAAAAGAUUGCCCAACCAUAAAGUAUACAGCUGAUGGAAGGAUUUCUGUGACUGUUCACCUUACAGUGUGCCAUCAGCUGAAAGCAAGGUGGGCCAGCAUGCAGCAUGCACAUGAAUGGCAGAGAGCAGGUUGAAUGUGAUGUACCAUAAUGGCUGAUGCUUGAUGGCUUGUGUUGUGAUACUCAGCAGGUAACAGGAGGAGAUAUCUUCAAUCAUGCUCACUCAAUAAUUGUAAUAGGUGCUGUACUUGAUUCAUGGGUUUGCUUAGGUUUAGUUUAUUGCAGAGGUAGCCAGUGUAGUGCCUUCCAGGUGUUAUCGAACUCUUAAUUCACAUUAGUCCCAGACAGCAUGGCCAAUGGCCAGGGGUGAUGACAGUUGUAGUCCAAUAUCAUUUGGAGAACUACAGGUUAGCCAGCCAUGGUUUAUUGUACUGUUAUCAAAAUUCUCAGGGUGGAAUCUAGUUAGUGCCCCUUAUACUGACUGAAGAGUUUUUGAGCUGCUAAUGGAAGAGGAAGCAAGGCUAUCCUUUCCUCCUUCCCUGUUCUGGAAGGCUACCAAAUUCUCUGGAGCCUAUUUUCAGGGACUUUGGGGGAAGGAGGAGUGGGCAAAAAUUGCUUCCUCUCAUCUCCCAUAACCCUUUCAUGACUGCAAAGGUACGCAUUGGAUUUCACCCUCAGUUGAAGAUGAGAAGUGACUUGGUAACUACCAAACCUGUUUUCUCUCAGCUUGGCUAUUUCUAUUUCCAUAUAAAUGUCUGUGCUUGCUUUUAUUUUUUCAGAUGGCUGAAGAAAUUAGGUACAGCUGUCCUUGACAAACAAGCCAAUAAAAAGAGUGAAGAAGGUAUGCUCAAAUGGACCAUUUUGAAUGGGAUUGUUCUACACCUUUCUACCUGAGGAGUUUUCCAGGGAUAACACAUAUGGCAUUCAAUAUAUUCAAAAUACUCAGAGAUGAAUGUUCAGCUAGAGCUAGAUGCCAACUUUAUAUAUAUAUAUAUAUAUAUAUAUAUAUAUAUAUGAUUAGAUUAGAUUAGAUUAGCAGUUAUGAGCUUUGCAACGAUAUCCAAAAGAUGCAUUUUGUACAUCUUAAGCCCUUAUUCUGUCUAGGCACAUAGAUACAGAAAAGAGAGGGGAACAUCUUAGGAACAGAGGCCUUAUCCUGAGUCAUGCCAUUGGGUCAUUAAGCUUAGUAUUGUCUACAGUGACUGAGAGAGGCUCUCCAGAUUUUCAGAUGGAGCACUCCCAGCUCUCCUUGGCAGAGGCAAAAUUUCCUAGAGCUCCACAGCACCGAAGCUGGGUCUCUCUGGAAGGGCCAGACAUCCUAUUUCAGUGCAUGAAACAAGACAAGGAAUGUCCCAACCUCCCACCAGUAGCAACUAAGAGUUUCACUUCCCUCUUAAGUCUGAUCUGAAGCAGAAGUUUAUGUAUUUAUAUAUAGCGGCAUUCCUACCAUACAUUUAAAGCACUAUGAUACCACUUUUUUGCCAUGAUUGUCGAUUCAGAAUGUGUGAGCAUCAAUUCAUUUUUCAUAGAAUUAGAUAUAAAGUUAUAGUUUAUUUCUUGCAGAGCAACCUUGUUCUGAGAGGCCUGUUUCAUCAGAUGGUUUUUUGGAGUACUGUAGCUUUUUGCUGCCUUUCUAAACAGUAGCUCACCGUCUGCUUGUCCCUUAUCUCUGACUGCGAGAAACUUUGUAAACCUGGAGCUUUUUUUAAAGCCUUUGUCUUCUUCCUCCUCCACCUCCUCUUUCUUCUUUUCAUGCAACGCUGUGGAAAGAUGAAAAGAGAAAGAGAGAUUCUGCUAAUUAGAAAUGUCAGAAAAUACCCUUUGUUUUGCAUACAGAUGACCCUGACUGAGUCAGAGCCGGUAUGUUUUGCUUUCAGUUCAGGUUACCUGAAAUAAGUUUACUUUUGUUUCCAGUGCUAUAAUUGGCACGUCUAAUGCACUUCAACUGUUGUGUUCUUGCUUCAGAGUGCUAUAGCGAGAGCGAGCAUGAAGAUCUAGAAAUAAACGUGGAGACGCCACCCCCUCCGUAUUCCGAUCAGCUGCCGCCGCCUCAUUUGGUAUGUAUUAUAGUAAUUAGCUAGCUUCUGUUUGCUAAAUGGCUUGUACAAGUGUCACCCUAUCCAGUUCGCAAGAUGCCACUCUGAUAAGUAAUCUGCAGUAAAGCACUGUACAUUUCUUCUCCACUCGGUAUUCUUGCAGGGGGCCUGUUGUGAGAUCAGUCAUACGAGACAAUAAAUGCAAAACACUCCUUCGCCAUUUAUUAAUUAAAUUGUUGUCCCAUGUUUCCUCCAAAGAGCUCAAGGUGCUAUACGGGUUCUGCCCCCACCCCCAUUUCCCCCCUCACAACAGCCCAGUAAAAUAGCUGAGGAUCACUCAGGGAGCUUAGACUUCCAUUUUAACCCUGGCCACCAGAAAGGUCACUAGUACUGCAUCCACUGUGCAUGGUGGCCAAAAUGGAAGUCAGGCCCACACUGGGCCUGAUGCCAUCACCUGAUGGCAUUGGGGUCAGCUUGGGAACCAACGAAUCCAGACCCAGCUCAGCCCCUCCUUGACCUCAGAAUGCCCUGUUUUGGGGCAUUCCACUGACUGUCACCCACUAGUAUCUUACAUGUGGCUCUCUUGCAAGGCCGGCCCACCCAUGGGACCAGGUGAGGUGACCGCCUCAGGCGGCAAGAUCCGCAGGGGCUGCGGAUCCCAAUGUCAGUCUUUCUUCCCUCCUGACGUAGAUCUUCACUCACCACUUCUUCCCUGCAGGGAGGGAAGAGAGUAGGUUUUCCCAGGGGAAGCAGAGGGGCAAACUGUGUAUAGAAAGCACAAUAAAGCCAGAAAACCUCUCAGAUCCGUUAUUUCAAGGUAUGGGGCAAGCGGAAGUAUGGACGAGUUUUAGUCCGACAUUUUCGCCGUCACACCACAGUGCGGCCGUCUCUUGGCUAAAUACACUGUUAUAUGCUGAAAGCAAAUAACAGUUAUCACAGCCAAAUAGUUACUAAAGCCUUCCCAGGCAGCCUUAUUUCCUUGUGGUUUAGAGAAAAGAACAAGCCUCUCACAGCAUGUAGCACGUGGCUUAGGAUUGCUGCAAUUCUGCCGGAAGUUUGUUUUUAAAAAUAAAUAAACUUGAGGAAGGUGUACAAAAACCCACUUUGCUUUUGUUGAAUCAAAUGCAUCCCAGGAUGGCUCUAGCACUUUCAACACUAGCACAUUCUUUAUUCUCACAAUGCUGCAACAAUUUUGAACCAAUUUUCUUCUAUAACCUAUUCCACCCCCCUAUUCACUGAGCCCAGUUGAUAGCAGUUUCCUCUAAAUCAUGGAUUUCUGUCCUUAAAUAACUUCGCAUCCAGGUAGAGCUCGGGAAGGCAGGUGCUUGGCUUGUGCAAUUGUCAGUCAUGCCAGACUUUGCUGGUGCUAAAUUUGGUUUUAUAGUGUUCGGAUAUUGGGUCAUUCUGCUGCCAACACCCUCUCCUAAUUCAACCCCCUUGUGUUUAAGGAAGAUAAGGAAAUCACUGGCGCCUCCAUCCUCAUUAAAUUCAAGAAUCAGCUGGCAGUGGAUAAAUUUACAGUAAUAUCAAAUUAAAGAUACAGGGUUGUAUCCAGAGUUAGCUUUCUACAUAGAGAAAGUCUCCUGUUCACAGAAGUGACUCCAUAAUCUAAUGAGUUGCUUGCAGCUCAGGUAUGCCAGCAUAAGCCAAAACAGGCUGCUGUUUGUUCUCAGUUUCAUAUUUCACCACAUGGCUUAUAAACAGGAAUAUAAAGCCAUAUUAAAAUGUAAUAUUAAAACUUAACGGUUGAUUUUUUUAUUUUUUUUUUGCAUAACAGCAGUGAAUAAAGCAGCCUCAUAUUAUUGAACCUCAACCACUGUCCCAUUCCAAGGACAGAAAUUAUUUCCCUCUCUCACAGUGCUAUCUAACAGGCAUUAACCUCUUCCACAUCUUUUGACAAAGUGAAGUGCUUGUUAAUUUCAUUCUGACUUCAAGGCCACUAACAGCAGUCAGUCUGCCUGCUUCCAACAUGUCUGCAAGAUCAUUCCUUCCCAUCCGCCCCCCCCCCCCAAUAUGAGAGAGAACUUGUAGGAAGGACUAGGAUGUAAGACCUGACAAACUUUUUCCUCCUUUUUGAUUGCCCCCCCUAAAUAUUAUUGAGACUUUUUAUCAUACUCCUUUUUGAGAAAGCUACUGAAAGAAAGAGGUAGUGAGUUGAAGGCCAAAGGGCAGCAAGUUCCCUUGAUGCAGUCACCAUUCUUUCUCUGUGUUGGUGCCCUGGGCUACAGCUCAGCUGAUACACCUGGGGGGUGCAGUUUGGGCCCUAGUCGCUAAUCAUAAGAGUAUAAGAUGAGCCCUGCUUUAUCAAACCAAAGCCCUAUCCAGUCCAACAACCUGUUUUCGCGGUGGACUGCCAGGCGUCUACGGGAAAUCGACAAGUAGGACAUGAGAAUAACAGCACCAUCCCUGCUUGUGAUUUCCUGCAACUGGUAUCCAAUGACAUUUUGCCUCUGUUGCUGGAGGGAGUACAUUGUCCUCACGACAUUUAUUUAUUUAAAAUGUUUCUAUAUCAUUUUCCUCAACAGAGAAAACACCAAAGCAGUUCACACUAUUGAAAACAAAACAGUAAAACCCAACCCAUAACUUCCCAGUAAUCAAGGCAUCAUGGUACUCGCAGAGUGCGCCAUUUUGAGGUUUGCUUCAGAUGCCAGGAUGUCUUGAGCCGGCCCUGGAAUGAGUAGGACCAAAACUUUGCUGUUGCCUCCAUUUUUAGAACACAUCAUGCAGAUUCAUAAUUUUGUGUUUUGCUUUCACUGCGUGUGCUUUUCAAAUGUGGGAAUCCCUGUACAGGCAGAAUGUAAAUAUCUAAAGCAGGGAUAGUCCGUAUUACUCAGUGAUUAUGUGAUCAUUUACUGGGUAAUUAAUUCCAAGAGCAGAUGUGCUUCUCUGGGUUUAGCCACCAACCAGAUGGAAACAAAUGCAAAUUAGUAUUUUGAGGUGGGGGUGGGGGUUUUACAAGUUUCCUUAAACAGGCAAGAAAAUGUUUAUUUGCAAACUCCCCCAUUUCUACUUGAAUGGAACAGUCAUUUCCAGACAAUAGACUACAAAGAUUUCCAGGUGGGCUGUCAAGAUGCAGAAUAUCCCUUUAGUCUGAAAUAGACCCCUCAGGGCUCAUUAAUCUUCCAAUGAAUACUUUUUCCAUAUACUAACACUAACACCUGCAUUUUAUAAUAUUCUUCCUUGGGUGUUUAUUGAUAGAUGGGAGUCAUGAAGCAGUUGAAAAGUUAAGUGUAGAUCAUUUUAAGUAAGAAAAUCAUGGGGAUAAUAAUUUCCACUUUUUAUUUUACUGUUGAAUAAAAUCAGUUUGUGAUAUAGAAAAUUGCUCAGUCAAAAGUUCAGAGGGUUUAAAAAAGAAAUGCGUAUGAAUGGGGAAAGGGUGGUUUAUUCUUGCAGCUACACAAGUAACAUGCACCAUCUUCAACAGUUAUCUGAAGCUCCAUGAGACUAUUCACAUCCUAUGGCAGGGGUAGGCAACCUAAGGCCUGGGGGCCGGAUGCGGCCCAAUCACCUUCUCAAUCUGGCCUGCAGACGGUCCAGGAAUCAGUGUGUCUUUACAUGAGUAGAAUGUGUCCUUUUAUUUAAAACGAAUCUCUGGGUUAUUUGUGGAGCAUAGGAAUUUUUUCAUUUCCCUCCCCUCCCCCAAAUAUUGUCUGGGCCCCCCCCCACAAGGUCUGAGGGACAGUGGACCAGCCCCCUGCUGACCCCUGCCCUAUGGUAUUUAAUGCUCUUAAAUUGAGUUGGUAUGCUUGGCUACAGACUCCUCCUGCCUUGCAUUCCAUUUUGUGAUCUGCUUCAACAAAACACUUUAUUUCUACGUAUAUAAAUAGGAGGGAGAUUUAUGGCCAAAGCAGAUGAUCAACAUUUCAUUGCUGACUCUUCUGAGUCUGUUAAGUCUUAUUGGCAUAUAGUGUAUCAAGAUCUGUUCCACUUCGUCACAGCAACAUUUCAUGUGGCAUUUCCCCCCAAGUUAAAACUACAGAUAUACAUUCUUAAGCAUCCCAGGUAUUAAUAGCAUUGCCUAGGAAGGAGCACGUCUCUCCUUGGUGUGUUUCAUGCAUCCUUCCACUUUGUAUUCAGCCUGGAAUAAAUGAACUCCCCAUUUACCUUUUAGUCCUACUUGUAUCAGAACUCUGGACUAUCUAAAUUGUUCUAAAGAUUUAUGACGUCCAGAAUAUUCAAGCCUGGAAAGCAGACUGCUGGGCCAAUAUGGCGAAGCCAGAGCAGGGAGACUUCAACUGUAGCUGUCAUGGAGAGAGAGUUCCUGGAAUCUGUCUGGAUAAUAUUUAUUAACUUGGCAGCAGCAGAGGCCUUUCUCAUUGCCUCAAGCUCAUCCCAACUUCUUUCUUUCUUUCUUUCUGGCAGAAUUUAUAUGAGGUGUACUCCUUCUUUGAUUUCUUACUCAACCUUCACUGUAUGGUCCCAGGCGUGGCCUAAAACAACAUAAAAAUACAAUAUUAAAAUCAGUUAAAACAUUUAAUUCAUUCAUUCAUUAAUUAGUUAGUUAAAUAAUUAAUUCCUAAAUCACCCUUCAUCCAAGGAUCACAAGGUGGUUUACAAUACGAAACACAUAAAUAUGUAACGUUGUAACAGGCAAAAACAACACCUCCCUCCUCCAGGUUAAAAGGCUGUAAAUUGUUUAAUUACCCAUAGGAUCAAAAUAAUAGUGUCUCUCUCUCUCUCUCUCUCUCUCUCUCUCUGUGUGUGUGUGUGUGUGUGUGUGUGUGUUGGUUAUAUCCUGCUUUAUAACUCCAAGUGUUUCUCAAAGCAGCUUACAAAAAAUUCUCACAAUAAAAUUAAUAUCAAAGAAAUGCCCCUAUGGUGACAGGGAUUAUUCAGGUGGCAUUUCUUCUUGAUCUUCCUUGAUUGUUCUCUGAGGUAAAGGAGAAGGACUGGGCUAGUGUGUGUAUCUAUCUAUCAUCUAUCUAUCUAUAUCUAUCUAUCUAUCUAUCAUCUAUCUAUCUAUCUAUCAUCUAUCUAUCUAUCUAUCUAUCUAUCUAUCUAUCUAUCUAUCUAUCUAUCUAUCUAUCUAUCUAUCUAUCUAUCUAUCUAUCUAUCUAUCAUCUAUAUCUAUCUAUCUAUCUAUCUAUCUAUCUAUCUAUCUAUCUAUCAGGAGUCAAAAGCCAGGAUAAAGGGGUGAGUUUUCAGCAUAUGGCAAAAACUAUAGAACGAAGGGGCUCAUUGCACCUCUGUGGGGAGGGGAUUCUGUGGCUUCGGAGCUGCCAUAAGAAUGCCCUCUCUCAGGCCACUACCCCUGACCUUCUGAGAGCAGUAGAACUACGUACCAACAAGGUCCCCUCUGAACUACCCCUGAGAAAGUCUGUAGGGAAAGAGACAGUCUUUCACACAUUUAUGAGGUUAUCUCCAUGUCUACUUGAUGCCUUCUGUUUAAAACCAGUACUGUUUGGAGGAAACAAUAUUUGGCUGAGUGAAACUGAGGCAAAAUUAAGCAAUGGAGCCAUACCACUCACUCGUAUACUAUAUGGUAGCCCCAAGUUCACAGGCAGUGUCCCAAGAGAACAGUAUGAUUUCAAAUUCGCUGAUCCUUGUCCCUUUAUAUUGCCACCCAUGACCAGCUUUUGACUUGACUUUAUUCCACCCCCACCUUCUUAUUUAUUCUCAGAAACAGGACCAGGAAGAGCCUGCCUUGACAUCGCACGCAUCAAGUGAAGUAUCAUGUUCUUUGUCCUCGCCGGAAAGCCUGAUGAAGUCUGAAGGAUCCUCGUCUUCCUCGUUGUCCAAAGUAUUGUAUCCAGACAGACAGUCGUGGCUCGACAUCGUGAACAACUCUUCCCCUGGGGAAGAAAUGGACAAUCAAUCUCCGGCUGCCUCUGGCGACUCUCAGGAUACUGAUCACUUGGUAACAGGCUGUAACAAAACACUGGAAAGUGGGACUGUCAAACCCGACUGCAGCUUUCGGGUCUCUUUGAAUGAGGCUACAUCUACAUUAUGCAGUGCUAAGGCUAGCCUACCUGUGCCUAGAAUAGCAGCAUCGAAAACUCUGCCUAAAGGUGAGUCAAGCAGUAGAUGAUCUGUUGGCCCUACAGUAUUGCUCUUCCUGCCUUGACCCAUAAAGAGGCAGAGCUCACUUGUAGCCUCUUUGCUUUACCUGCAGACAGUCCCAGGUUCAGUCCCCAGCAUUUGGUGCCAUGUCUACUCUUAAGUUGUAGUGAUUGAUGCCCCCUCUUCUUUCAUUUAGUGAUAGUAUGGGUGAAGGAAGCAACGUGAUUUGUUGAAACCAGUCUCGGGCUUGAAAUGAAUGAAUUUAUGUCUGUAUAAAUAGAUCAAACUGAACGGCCAUUGUUCAACUUAAAUCUCACUUCACAAACUCCUUCUUUUACCCAAGGAGGUGUGUGUGUGAAAAUUGUGGGGUCUCAUUAUCUUUUCCUCUAUGGAAGCAGCAGCACAGGGAAAUUGAUCCCGCCUCCCACGCUGCCCCACAAACAAAAAAGAAAGGGUUAAACAUUAUGUUUCUGUUCAUCCUGACUUGCAGCCUGCCAAGACUACUUCCUGGCUUUAAUUUUUUUUAAAGUAGAGGAGGAAAAAUAAACAGAAAUCUCUGUGGCUUCUUGUUUGUGUGUGAGGCUGUGAGGCUAUAAACAAGCAUUGUGAGUACGUGCCCCUCUGUCCAUAGGCUUCUCUUCCAAUUUACAGGCCUUUUUUGGGGGGGCGGGGAGCAGUGUCCAACCACUGCCAUUUCUAUUUCCUUUGGCAGUUGUUGAUGCAGCAAGACUGGUUAUAAUAGAGAACAAAAAAGAAAAUGAAACAUCACUGCAACAUAAUGAGGUAUUAUUUAUAAUAGUAUAAUAGCCCCUCCAACUGGUGCUCUCCCGAUGGUUUAGAUGUAGCCUGUGUAAAUGCCAUACUUUUACAGCACCCCCUUCUACAAAGAAUCCUAGUAAUUGUAGUCUGAGUCCUGGAAACUCAAGCUCUUUGAGGAGUAAGCCAUAGUUCCUAGAAUUUGUUGAGUGGGGAAUGAGUUUAAACGUCUGAUGCAUAUACAGUGGUACCUCAGGUUAAGUACUUAAUUCGUUCCGGAGGUCCGUUCUUAACCUGAAAGUGUUCUUAACCUGAAGCACCACUUUAGCUAAUGGGGCCUCCCACUGCUGCUGCACCACCAGAGCACAAUUUCUGUUCUCAUCCUGAAGCAAAGUUCUUAACCUGAAGCACUAUUUCUGGGUUAGCAGAGUCUGUAACCUGAAGCGUAUGUAACCUGAAGCGUAUGUAACCUGAGGUAUCACUGUACAGUGGUACCUCGGUUUAUGAACCUAAUCCGUUCCGGAAGUCCGUUCUUAAACCGAAACCGUUCUUAAACCGAGGCGCACUUUCCCUAAUGAGGCCUCCCACUGCCGGUGCCCUUCCACCAUUCGGAUUCCGUUCUUUUUUUAAAAAAAUAAUAAUAAUAUUUAUUACUUUUCCAACAAUUUAAACACUAGAAAAACAAUACAAUACAAUACAUAAACACUACAUAACAUUAAAAUUAAACACAUUAAACUAACAAAACAAAACAGAAACAAUAAAAUAAAUCAAACAAUUUCAUUAUCCCAUCUUUCAUUCACUUAUUUCCACGACCUCCUCACACCUCCCUUUUUGUAUUCCACUUCUGUUAAUUGUUUCAGCAAUUCCUUUCCAUCUUCCUCUGUUUUCUAUCCUAUAAUUAUCUUAACUCAUUCUAACCUUAUCUUUUCCUUUAAUACUCUAUUAAUCUAUUAUACUUAAUUCCUUAUAACAUUUCUACUAAAGCCAUAUAACUUCAUUCCAACAUUUUUCUAACAUUCAUUAAUUUUACAGUAUUUCUGUAAAUAGUCUUUAAACUUUUUCCAGUCUUCUUCCACCGACUCUUCUCCCUGGUCUCGGAUUCUACCAGUCAUUUCUGCCAGUUCCAUAUAGUCCAUCAACUUCAUCUGCCAUUCUUCCCGGGUGGGUAAAUCUUGUGUCUUCCAAUAUUUUGCGAUGAGUAUCCUUGCUACUGUUGUUGCAUACAUAAAAAAAGUUCUAUCCUUCUUUGACACCAAUUGGCUGACCAUGCCCAGGAGAAAGGCCUCUGGUUUCUUCAGGAAGGUAUAUUUAAAUACCUUUUUCAUUUCAUUAUAAAUCAUCUCCCAGAAUGUCUUAAUCCUUGGGCACGUCCACCAAAGGUGAAAGAAAGUACCUUCAUUUUCCUUACAUUUCCAACAUUUAUUAUCAGGCACAUGGUAAAUUUUUGCAAGCUUGAUUGGUGUCAUGUACCACCUGUAUAUCAUUUUCAUAAUAUUCUCUCUUAGGGCAUUACAUGCCGUGAAUUUCAUACCUGUGGUCAAUAACUGUUCCCAGUCGGCCAUCAUUAUGUUAUGUCCAAUAUCUUGUGCCCAUUUAAUCAUAACUGAUUUCACCGUUUCAUCCUGAGUGUUCCAUUUCAACAGCAAGUUAUACAUUCUUGACAAAUUUUUAAUUUUUGGAUCUAACACUUCUGUUUCCAAUUUUGAUUUUUCCACCUGGAAACCAACUUUUUUGUCCAAAUUGUAUGCCUCCAUUAUUUGAUAAUAAUGGAGCCAAUCUCGCACUUUAUUUUUCAAUUUUUCAAAGCUCUGCAAUUUUAUUCUGUCUCCAUCUUGAUCCAGAAUUUCCCAAUAUUUCGGCCAUUUGGCCUCCAUAUUGAGUUUUUUCUGUGCCUUUGCUUCCAUUGGUGACAACCAUCUUGGGGUUUUAUUUUCUAGCAAAUCUUUAUAUCUUAUCCAAACAUUAAACAAUGCUUUUCUAACAAUAUGAUUUUUAAACGCUUUAUGUACUUUUACCUUAUCGUACCACAAAUAUGCAUGCCAACCAAAUGCAUUAUUGAAACCUUCUAGAUCCAACACGUCAGUGUUUUCAAGAAGCAGCCAUUCUCUCAGCCAGCAAAAAGCCGCUGAUUCAUAAUAAAGUUUGAGGUCUGGCAGGGCAAAUCCACCUCUUUCUUUAGCAUCAGUUAAUAUCUUAAAUUUUAUUUGAGGCUUCUUGCCCUGCCAAACAAAUCUGGAAAUAUCUUUCUGCCACUUCUUGAAACAAUCCAUCUUAUCCAAAAUUUGUAAUGUUUGAAACAAAAACAACAUCCUUGGCAGCACAUUCAUUUUUAUCACAGCAAUUCGGCCUAACAAUGAUAACUUCAAAUUUGUCCAUAUUUCUAAAUCCUUUUUCACUUCAAUCCAACAUUUUUCAUAAUUAUCCUUAAAUAGAUUCACAUUUUUGGCAGUCAUGUGAACCCCUAAAUAUUUCACUUUCUUAAUCAGUGUUAGUCCUGUCUCCUCCGUUCUUAGACCGAGGUAAAGUUCCCAAACCAAGACACUAUUUCCAGUUUUGCGGAGUUUGUAAACCAAAUCGUUCUUAAACCGGACUGUUCUUAAACCAAGGUAUCACUGUACAGCCUACAACUCCCAUUUGCCACAACAACCCUGUGUUUCCUGCAAGCUCUCCUUGAAUGCCCCUACAACUUCCAUAAAUUUGGGGAAGGGAUGCACUGGGGGAGGGCCUGAAGUAGCAUGAAAUCUUCAUGAGAACCCUGGUCUAUGAGGACCAUUAAAUGUUUCUAUCAUAUGAGACAGAGCUUUUUGCUUCAUUCCUGGGGGGGGGGGGAGGGGGCAGAGUUCCUUGCCUUGAGGGGAGGCAGGGUGGCUGGUUACACAAGAGAGCAAGAUCUUUGGUGUACUUUGAUAACUGCUAAGUGGCAUUGUGCUGGUUCCAGGGGUGACCACUUCCUUCCUCUAAACUUUAACUGAUCUUCUCAAGCAAAUGCUCAACGGUGAUAAAGGCUCAAGUUCCUGAUGAACAUAGGUUUUGUUCUGAUAUCCAGCACCACAAUGGACACCCUAGUUUGACAUCAUCAGAGUUGUUAUGAGUAGGGAUCUAUAGACUGUUUUUGUUGUGAUUGUCUGUAUGUUACACACACACACACACACACACACACACACACUGUUAAUGUUUAAUUAUUUAAAACUAUUUUUUCUAUGUUUUUAGCUAUUCUUAUUCUAUCUGUAAGCCACUUGAGUCCCUGUCAGAGAAAAAGGUGGGGUAUAAAUAAAUAUAACAACAACAAUAUCACCCAUCAAUGAAUUUUUAAUUUUUUUUAUUUUAGUAUAGACUAAACGAAUUUAUUUUAGUAUAGACUAAACGAAACACACACAUUCACAGCUAAUUCUUGCUCUCUGGUCAGUGUAUGUGAGUUUUCAUAAAGUUGUCACAGAAACACUUUAUGCAGGUGUACAUUUAUAAAUUCUGAUGUGACUUUCUGUUAAUUAUAUGCAACUGCUUUUUACAAUGAGUAGGAAAGAUUUUUUUUUUUUUUGGCCAUAAUUAGGGCAUGUUUAAUGAGGCAGUGAUAUGCACAGGAAAUGCUGCUGCAGCAAAUUGGCCCCAGUAUUGCUCUUUCCUGUCAUGGUCUUGUGACACAACCACCUCUUUUCUUUAGUAUUGUCUAUAUUUAGCUCUUGUCCAAGUACAAUUGACAGGGUGUUAUCUUUGCGCAGCGUUGCGAAAUGACUAAAUGCACACGUUAGGAAGUAGUCAAAUACAAAUAUUUGCAGAUAUCCAAUGAGCUAAAUCUUUGCUGUUUAAAAUGUGGGGAAAAUAACUUUAGGAAAACUUGGAAGAGAUUAAAACAAAGCCUCUCCAAAAAAAUAAAUAAAUAAAAUCCUUUGCACAGUCACUUGAGAGCUAGUAGAUGAAAAAGGAGCACACUUAGUACAGCUCAGUAGCCCUAGGACUUGUUGCUAGACACAGCCUGUUUUCUGUCUUCCCUACAGAUGCAAAAUGUUCCGUAGAUGAAAUGGAGAAACUUUACAAGUCCUUAGAGCAAGCGAGUUUGUCUCCCCUUGGGGACAGGCGACCUUCUACAAAAAAGGAGCUGAGAAAAUCCUUCAUCAAGAGGUGCAAAAACCCGACUGUUAAUGAGAAACUCCACAAAAUCCGAGCACUGAAUAGUACGUUAAAGGUAAGCGUUUAUGGAGUUGUUGUGCUUCAGCUGUUGUUGAGGCAUUUAACUCAUUGUGUGUAAUUUUUAGCAGCCUCAGAAAAUCCCUGAAAUCACGGUUGUGUUUACAAUGUGGAUAUUCUUUUAAAAAAAUUUGAAGGACAAUGUUAUCUUCUUUGGUCUCCAGAGCUUGGAGAGGAGAACAUUAGGAAUGGACAGCAAUCCAGAUAUGAGAGACCUCUAGUGGUCAACCCACAUUUCCAGUUUCACAAACUUCACUUUCUUUCUUUCUUUCUUUCUUUCUUUCUUUCUUUCUUUCUUCUAGUGCAAGGAACAUGACUUGGCCACGAUUAACCAGUUGUUGGAGGAUCCUGAACUAACAGCAAGGAAGUACAGGGAGUGGAAGGAUUCAAACACCAUGUUGGUCCAAGAUAUCUAUCAGCAGCAGGAUGUUCUGAAUACGCCUGAAGAAAAUAGCACAGAAGCAGAGCUGAUGCUGCAACCAUCUUUCAUAGAAAGCACUAUCUGA